AUGCUGCUCGCUCGGUCCACUUGGCUGAAUGCUCCCCAAUCCCGCACCUCACCCACCUAUCCCCUCACACCUCCUCACACCUCUUCACACCCCCCCACACCUCCACACCCCUCUUCACCCCUCCUCUCCCGUCCGCAUCAGGCUGUCAGUGAAGCUGGACGACCGAAUGAGCCAAGCGCCAACCCUUCUGCUCAACCUCACCCUAGGAAUGGCGGGGUUGUUUUCGAGCGCCUCCUCACCCCUCAUCACCCCUCUGCACCCUUCCUCACCCCUCUUCACCCCUCCUCACCCGUCCGCAUCAGGCUGUCAGUGAAGCUGGACGACCGAAUGAGCCAGGCGCCAACGCUUCUGCUCAACCUCACCCUGGGAAUGGCGGGGCUGUUCGCGAGCGCCAUGUUACUGUGUUACAUUCCCACCUCCUGCUUUGUCUACCUCCACACUACCAGGGCGAACCUGCUGCUGCAGGUCGUUGAAAGCAACUUCUUCACACUCGUGGUGCUCGCAGCAGCCAGUGCACGGGCCACCGCAAUCACUGACUCGUAUGGGCUCAACUGCAGCGGGCCGCUCCUUCUCAUGCCACCUCAUCUUCCCAUGCCACAACUUGCGAUGGCAACCCUUGGCACCGCGCCAUGGUCCCCGGGUCGGCGAAAUUUGUCUUCUUGCCUGAUGGGGCGCGCCAGUGACCUGCUGGCGUUGCUCACAGCGCUCUCCUUCGGGUCUGCCUGCUGGUGUACCUGCCUGCCUCUCUUUCCAAGUGACUACCCCCUGUUUCUCCCUAUUCCCGUGCCGCCUUCUCCCCUCCCUCCCCAUGGCACCACCGCAUGUGCUUGCAGUGAAAGGGCGGCAGUUGGGGAUAUCGAUGAUGUGGAUGUUGACUGGGUAGCGAUUGGGGAUAUUGAAGCGGCAGCAAUUGGGGAUAUUGAAGCGGCAGCAGUUGGGGAUAUAAGUGCAGCAGAAGGCGAGGAUAGUGAAAGGGCAGCAGUUGGCGAUAUCGAUAUAGCAGCAGGUGUGGAUGUUGUAAUGUUAGCGAUUGCGGAUAGUGAAAUAGCAGCAGUUAGUGAUGUUGAAGCGGCAGCAGCUGGGGAUAUUGAAAGGGGAGCAGGUGCUGUUGUUGAAAGGGUAGCAGUAGGGGAGAUUGAAAUUGCAGCAGAAGUUGGGAAUAUUGAAAGGGUAUUAGCUGGGGAUAUUGAGAGGAUAACAGUUGGGGAUACUGUAAGGACAGCGGAUGGGGACAAGGAGAGUGCAGCAGAAGCUGACUCUCACACAUCCGUUGCCCUCCUGAUCACCUCAUCACCCGUUGCCCUCCUGAUCACCUCACCACCCGUUGCCCUCCUGAUCACCUCACCACCCGUUGCCCUCCUGAUCACCUCACCACCCGUUGCCCUCCUGAUCACCUCACCACCCGUUGCCCUCCUGAUCACCUCACCACCCGUCUUUCCAACAGAGGAUAACAGCCGUACAUCUCGUCCCUCCCGCCAUUCAGGGCCGUUGAUUCCACGGUGUGUGGUGGGGGCAGCACGAGAGGGCCAUGCUGCUGCCCUCUCUGUACAACGACACACAAGAUCGGACGGCUCUCAUUCAAUCCGAGUUUGCCACCAUCCAAUCGGUUCUCACCGAUUACCCACACCUGCACUCGUUCCUCCCGAACCUGACCUACGACCAGUUCUGCCAUGCCUACUCGUUAGUGUGUUCACGGGCGUGGAGGAUCGAAGCUUUGGGCAAUUUGGCUCUGGUGCCAUACGCGGAUAUGGUAAACCACAACCCCCACUCGCACACUCUUCUGUGCUACGACGAGGAAGAGCAAGUAAUCGAG